AACCAUGCUAGUCGAUAAGUGGUUUGGCUUGGGAUUCGUGCGAAAGUGACGAGAGGGAAUUUCGUUCACGGUUCUCGAGGAAUACACUACUAUUUUUCGAUGCACGUACUCUAUUCACGACGCGUGACCGUCGUCUUCGUGACACGUUUGUAAUACUUGUUGGACUCCCACUCCCUGUCCCGUAAUAGAUGGAGGCACUUCAUAUCCGGUGAGAAGGCUUUCGACGGCCAGCAGCAUCCAUUCAUGACGCUUAGGAUUCUAGAUUUUUUUACGGAUCAUGUGAAAUUGAAAGUCAUCAAAUAAAGUGGAGGCGAGUUUCAAAACUAUUAACAUGACUGCGUCAACACAUCACCUCGAGGGCCUGCUGCAAGAUCUGUGGGCGGCGGUGUUCUCCACAAGUUUCACCCCUGCAUCAAGUCAUCUCCCCGUUUCGCCACUGUUCUCCCCACACAAUCGAGCCUCGACCGCUUCUUCUCACGACGCCAGUGCUCGUCUUCAUCACAUCAAACUCGUUUCACCAUCAACAUCGUUUGACCAGCUGGAACCCCUCGUGCCGGAAAAGGGUCAUCCGCAAUUUCCGAACGUCUCAGACCCCCUGCAGAUGAAAAUGCAGCUGCAGCGGCCCGUUCUCUGCUAUCGUAUGCAUCGCAAAAGUAAUAUCGCACCCGUCGUACAACUACUUGGAGCGGUUAUGCAUGAUGACAAAUCUGCUUCCUAAAAAGGUAAACCAGCAUGACAAUAAGCUCCCGUACUCAUGCUGAAAAAAAAUUGUAUUUAUGAAAUUUUUACUGUUGUACACCAUUAUACUUUUCCACUGCAUAUACCCAGUUCUGGAGCAACCUGUUCGGUCGGCGCGGGACGGCUUCGCCCUCAACGCCGCGGUACAGGCCCAGGCGGAGCGCAAACAAGUGGCCCUGCAGGCGGGGCCAGACACAUCAGCACUACCGGACGUGGACCAAGCGGGGGCGAGCGCGCGCCAGGGAGGCGGCGGACACAGCUCUGCCGGAGAAACAAGCGCUGGGGCGGCACCACUGGGCGCUGCCGCGGGGACGAGUGGGGAUGCGAACGUAGCAGCUGGAGGCAGUGCUGCGAGUGCUGCUGCGGGUUGAAGAAGCAAAACCGACGUCGGUGAACCGAGAAGAACUCUGGUGCCAGCCGUGUUGUUUCGAAAGGACGAAGAUUAGUAAGUCUGCCAGCUUUAUUCCGACACGGAGCAGUUGUUUCUGUACAUCGUAUUUCUGUUUUCUGCACCGAGCAAGAGCAUCAUCGUCGUUGUGAGUGCCCAACACGUCGGAUUGCCAAAUAACGCAGGGUUUUUUCUUUUCUUUGUUUCACUGAAUGAAUAAAGCGAUUCUUGGAAGGCAGCUAUUUUCAUCACCGUCUGAUACUUAGUGGUCUUGUAGGAAUAUCAAGAAUCAACAGCGCAACAGGAAAAAACUACAGAAUUUUUCUGAGGACCCUUCCUCAGUUGGCAUUCACGACCUCCUGACCACCUCAUCCAUGAGCCUGUGUUUAUUCAACAAUCAUCGUCCGGUUGGAAAACGAAAC